UCAUUUUAGUAUCUGGAAUAUAAAAACAGAUUAUUAGCAGAAGGUUUGAAUUUAGUUUUCCUUUUAAAAUGAGUUUCGAAAACAAAGUGGUACUAGUGACCGGUGCAAGCGCCGGUAUCGGCAAAGCCAUAGCGUUACUAUUCGCCGAGCGCGGCGCGCGACUUGCGAUCGUCGGUCGCAACAACGCGGGGAAGCUGCGCGCAGUCGCAGACGCGUGCGCAGUCGCAGUCGCAAGCGCAGGGCGGCCGCUGGAGAUCGUAGCUGAUCUGUCGACGGACGAGGGGUGCGAGAGGACGGCGAAGGAGACGUUGGAUCAUUACGGAAGAUUAGACGUUCUGAUAAACAAUGCAGGAGUGGGCGCACGGACGGACCUCGCGGGGACCGACAUGGCGAUAUUUGAUAAGGUGUUUAACAUAAAUGUAAGAGGCGUUUACAAUCUCACGCGGCUAUUGGCACCAGAGCUUAUCAAAACCAAGGGGAACAUCGUCAACAUUUCCAGCAUAUCCGGUACGGCGGUGGCGGUGGGGAGUCUGCCUUACAGCAUGUCGAAGGCUGCGCUGGACCAUUUCACAAAACUGAUCGCCCUCGAGUUAGCUCCUAAAGGCGUUAGAGUCAACACCGUGAGCCCUGGAGUCACAGUUAGUGACUUCGUCCAACGUAUAACCGGCAUCAGCGACGAGGCAUACUCCGAGUUCCUAACCAACAUGGCCGCAGGAAUUCCUAUGGGUCGCGUAUGCCAGCCUGAGCACAUAGCCAAGAUGGUGGCAUUCUUAGCAAGCGAGGAUAGUGAACUAGUCACGGGUACUAUAGUUAAAGUCGACGGUGGUGCGGAUCUGCAUAUCGACUUUACACACAUGGCGAAGCAGACACAGAAAUAAAAUAAAAAACCAUUUGUGACUUCUUCAAAAUGAAUGUCACACUCCAUUACCUUAUAUUAUGUAACUAAAUAAU